UCAAAGAGUAGAAUAUGUGAUCUGUGUAUUUUGCGUGAUUUUGCGUGAAACUGCGAAGUGCGAGAAAAAUUGAAAAUACUCGUUUUCGUUUUCGAUUCGUGGUGGACUUACGCGUGUUUUUUGGUAGCUAAAACUAGCAUUGAGUUGCACAGUAUUCGCUUUAAGUUUUUGUGAAAACCUUAUAAAAUAUAAAUAUAUUUUCUACCUACAUCACGAAACUUGAAAUUUGCAGCAAUGGCCGACCCAGACCCGCUGGAUCUUCUGACCUGUCCGUUCAACAUGUCUCACCAGGUAGCAAGGUACAGGAUGCCGAAGCACAUACAGAAGUGUGGUAAACAGAACCGCACCACCAAGAAGGUGACAUGUCCGUUCGACUCCACACACAUCUUGGAUGAAGCCGAACUUGAUCACCACGUGUCGCACUGCAAGGCGCGCCACAAGAUGGACUACCACACGUUCUGCGCGGACAAGGACACGAGGCCAGUGGUGCCGGUGCAGCCGCCGCCAGAGGUGCACUGCGAGGAGAACUGGGAGAAUGAGACUACGACGUCAUACGUCCCAGACCCUUCACGAAUGGCCCCCAGCAUCAUAUUGAAGGUCCACGGUGCCACCCCGUCGGAGAGAAGGAAAGCUAGGAUGGAAGGUAUCCAAGUGUACAGACCCCCUACCGAAUAAUUAUAUAUAUGUGUAUAAAAAUAUACUUCUCAUCAAAAAAAUCGACACAGUGGUAUGGAAUGAUUUACAAAACGGAAGUCCUGGGUUCGAUCCCCGGCUGGGCCGAUUGAGAUUUUCUUAAUUGGUCCAGGCUGGUGGGAGGUGAAAAGGUAACAGACAGACAGACAGACUUUUCAUUAAUAAUAUUAGUAUGGAUUCUUUAUCCCAAGUACCAGGAUCAUAUAACUUGUAAGAGUAACUUGAAUGACAACCUUAUUAAUAUUACGACCCUAUCGGCAAGUAUUGCCUAGCGAUUUAGCGUUCCGGUACGAUGUCGUGUAGAAACCGAAAGGGGUGUGAAUUUUCAUCCUACCCCUAACAAGUUAGCCCGCUUCCAUCUUAGAUUGCAUCAUCACUUACCAUCAGGUGAGAUUGUAAUCAAGGGCUAACUUGUAGAGAAUAAAAAAAAAAUUAAAAAUCGGUUUACAAAUGAUGGAACUAUCGAAAAUAUAAAAAAAAAAUAAAAAAAGGACUGUUUCGAAUUUUUUGACGUGAAGUAUAUAUGCAGAAGAAUUUGUUUAUUAAAGGUUAUAAAUUGCAAAUUACAUAUUCCUUUUUCUGUUACAAAAUUGUAAUUCAUUAUUUUCUUUAAUUCCUAAUAGUAGAGGAGCCGGGGAUGCUAAAUUUGUAGUUACUAAAGCGUCAUUGGGACCGAUUACAUUUGGUAGAUUAAAUUAUAGGGAGAUUACUUUAUUUACUCUUUUAGCGGUGGAAAAAAAACUACAGACUAAUUACUUUCGAUAAAAGCAUUAAUUACUUUGACUUACUGAAAUUGUCUGAAAAUUCUAGCGAUUAUCUAAGAGAUUAUUUUGUUAAAAAUAAGUAAACAAUGAAUUGCGCUCGUAAUUCGAGAUCUAAUAUAUAAGGGUUUUAUUUUGAAACUUUGUGACCCUCUCAUUCCAUUACAUUACGCUAAAAUCGUUAGAUUUUUGAAAUUUACACCUUUUAGUAAUUAAGCUUUUAAAUUGUAAUUAAGCUUAAAUUAACUAACCUUAUCUGACGUGCUGGUUGAGUAUUUUUGUAGAUAGUUUUUGUUUUUUUUUAUUGCCCUAAACCCACCAAUAUUAUGAGCUCAUACUUGGUAGAGAUGGGAGAGCCGUGAUAGCCCAGUGGAUAUGACCUCUGCCUCCGAUUCCGGAGGGUGUGGGUUCGAAUCCGGCCCGGGGCAUGCACCUCCAACUUUUCAGUUGUGUGCAUUUUAAGAUAUUAAAUAUCACGUGUCUCAAACGGUGAAGGAAAACAUCGUGAGAAAACCUGUAUACCAGAGAAUUUUCUCAGUUCUCUGCGUGUGUGAAGUCUGCCAAUCCGCAUUGGGCCAGCGUGGUGGACUAUUGGCCUAACCCCUUCUGAGAGGAGACUCGAGCUCAAAAGUGAUAAUGAUGAUGAUGAUGACUUGGUGGUACUCAACAACGUGCAAGGUUCCCUUAUGUUCAUCUGCCGCGCUCGAGUAACUGCAAAAAUCGCCUCGUCGGCUCCCCUACUAUAAAUAAUGGGGUGUAGAUUCGAUCCCGGCCCCGUUGGUCUAUUGUCGUACCCACUCCUGUAGCUUGGCAAAGUCGUUCGUAACACUCCCGAUGGGCCGCGCACGACUUCACACCUGCGCAGUCCUUCUCCCACGUCGCCCGCAUAUCAUGGGAGUGUCAUCAAAGACCUUGCCAAGAUAUAAUACAUUCUUUCCCGAAAUGUUGGAUUUAGACAUGAAAACAGUUUUAAUUUUCAAUUAAAUUUACCUUGAAAUGUUUUUUUUUUAUUUAUUAUCACAUAGACAUUGUUUUUGCUAAAUCCCCUUUCGAUGACAAAUUAAACUAAAAAUUUUUUUUAAAAUAAACCUAAAUUGUCUUUGAAAAUUGUUGUUUUUUUUCCUUUAGGAUAAAAAAUUUUUACUUACACCUACAUUAUAUAAAAAAAAAACUGUUUAUGUAAGUCAAAAAAUAGUGAUUAUGAAAAUUUCAAUUUUAAUUCAAUUAAUUAAGUCAAUUUACUUAUCGAAACGCUAUUAAAAAUUUUCGUCUCCAUUUACUUUGAAUAGAUUUUUUUUUUAUUACAUAGACAUCAUUUUCCUAAUCACUUUUUCAAAGACAAUAAAAAAAAUAUGUAUAUGAGGUCUUUCAAAUGGUUGAAUUUAAAAAAAAAACCCAAAUUGAGAAGGUUUUUAUUUAUGGAAAUUUAUCUAUAGUUAAGAAAUGUGAUUAUAAAAAAUCGACUCGACAGGUCAAAUAGUUUUCGAUUUUAUUAUAAAACGUUUUGAAAUGUUUCUUUUUAUUUAAUUUUUGCAUAGACAUUAUUUUUGUAAUCACUUUUCCAAUGAUUUCCAUUAUAAUAAACAUAAAAUAACUAAAUUAAUAGGUCUGAUUUUUUUUUUAAAAUUUAGUUUAAGGACUUUUUAAAAGGUGAUAGCACACAUAUGAAGGAAAAGCUACCAUCAGUAUAAGGCGUAAUAUCAUUUUACUAGCUGACGCCGCGCGGUUUCACCCGCGUGGUUCCCGUUCCCGUAUGAAUACGGGGAUAAUAUAUAGCCUAUAGCCUUCCUCGAUAAAUGGACUAUCUAACACUGAAAGAAUUUUUCAAAUCGGACCAGUAGUUCCUGAGAUAAGCGCGUUCAAACAAACAAACUCUUCAGCUUUAUAAUAUUAGUAUAGAUUUUAGAAGACAAAAAUGUAUUAACUUACAACAAGUUACCCGGUAAAGCUUCGCUUUGACUCAUUCCCUACCCCUAUUCUACUCCCACCCAAGAACUACCCUACCCUACCCCUAAACUUUGGGUAUGUUAUUAAAAUUCAAAUUGCCUCUUAAGUAUUAAUAUGAAUCGUUAAGGGAGUAUAGAACGUUUUUUUUUUAGAUUUUUAAAUUUUUCUCUCCGUUUAACCGAUUUAAAAAAGGAGGAUAUUCUCAAUUUGGCGCGUAUGUUAUUUUUUUUUAAUGUUUGUUUUACCUCUUAAUUUCGUAAUUUAUAAACCAAUUUUGAAAAUUCUUUUUAUGUUUGACAGAGUAUACUUUCAGAUUGGUCCCAUUUUAUUUCCAUGAAAAUCGGUUUAGUAAUUUUGUGUUAAGAUCGAAAUAACUGAAAUACUUCUUUGAAGUCGUUUCCAUCGCUUCCAUCCAUCCAUCCAUUGCAGUGUUGCCAAUAAGUAGUAUCAUGCACUAGCGGAAUUUAGUUUUUCACAAAUCCCUCGGGAACCAUGGAUUUUUCCGGGAUAAAAAGUAGUCUAUGUGUUAAUCCAGGCUAUAAUAUAUCUCAAUACCAAAUUUCAGCUAAUUCGGUUCAGUAGUCGAGGCGUGAAAGAGUAACAAACAUUCAUAUCAUCAAAAUCUUCAGUUUUCGCAAAUCUCGGGAAACCAUGGAUUUUUCGGGAUAAAAAGUAGCCUAUGUGUUAAUCCACAGUAAAAUCUAUUUCCAUUCCAAUUUUCAGCUAAAUAGCGGCGUUAUAGAGUAACAAACAUCCAAACAUCCAUACAAACUUUCGCGUUUAUAAUAUUAGUAGGAUACGGUCCCGAUUUCGUCCCGAUUUGUGUGCUAUUACCCUUAUGAAGUCGUAAUAAAUGGUUUUUUUUUUAAUUUCUUUAACUCCUAGAUACAGAAAUGUUCUGUUUAAGUCUAAAGUAUAACAAAUGUUAACCAUUUAAGUUAAGUUUUGUUUAAUAAAUGUGCUAAUUUCUGUAA